AUGCAUGAAUUGAUAAGCCAUCUUCAGUAAAAUAAUGCUGAGGGUUUCUGUGAAGGUGUUGCUCACAAAUCUGUUCCUGAAAGCAGUUUAAGAAACAGGACAUUUACUGAAUGAAUACAGGAGAGAAAAAAACAGAUGAAUCAGUGACCAAAACUCCAACAGAAUAAUAACAUAUGAUUCGAAAUAAUACAAUAAUCACUGCAAACUUUGCAUAAUGCGCAAAUAUUGUGUGCACAUGGUCCAUAAUGGACAUGCGUACAGCUGUGUGUGUGUGAGAGUGUGUGUGCGUGUGUGUGUGUGUGUGUGAGAGAGAGAGAGAGAGAGAGCGCAGCCCGGAGUCGGAGUCUGACGUUCAUUUUAUUCAGUGAGGAUUAAAUCUCUUUAAACCCGACGCUCAUCCGUGCGCUCGCGCGUGUGUGUAUGUGUGUGUGUGUUUGUGUGCGCGUGUGUGUCGUUAUGUAGAGCUGUGAGCGCGCGCGGAGAUGGCGAAACACAGCCCGGUUCCCUCCGCUUUUUACGGCGAGCCACGGAAGUUUGACCCGACAUUCAGGGGGCCCGUCCAUAACAGAAGCUGCACGGAUGUGCUGUGCUGUGUGCUCUUCGUCAUCGUCAUCCUCGGCUACGUCGCGCUCGGCACUGUGGCUUGGAUACAUGGAGACCCCAGGAAAGUGAUCCAUCCUACUGACAGCUCAGGAGACUUCUGUGGACAAAAAGGCACAGCCAAUGCUAAGAAACCCAUCCUGUUCUACUUCAACAUCCUGAAAUGUGCAAAUCCUGCUGUUCUGAUAAACCUGCAGUGUCCUACCACUCAGAUGUGUGUUUCGAGGUGCCCGGACCGCUUCGCCACCUACACCGACGUGCAGCUCCAACACCCCUUCAACAGGAGCCACUGGGAAUAUUACAGACAGUUCUGCAGGCCGGGAUUCAACAAUCCUAAGAAGCCUGUGGCUCAUGUCCUGCGUGAUGAAGACUGUCCGUCAGUGAUUGUGCCCAGCCGACCAUUUUUCCAGCGAUGCCUUCCAGACUUUAUCAUGAGGAAUGGCACGCUGACAGUCGCUAACAGAACGGCUUUUAAGGACGCACUGGAUAUGGCGAGGAGUGUGAGUGAACUUAGAGAUGCAGCUGAUGGUAUAACGGGUCUGCUGGAGGCCAAGCAGCUCGGCAUGAAGAUCGUGGAAGACUACGCCAACUCCUGGGCCUGGAUUCUAAUAGGGUUAAUUCUAGCACUGGUCAUCAGUCUGAUCUUCAUCCUGCUCCUGCGCUUCACUGCUGGCCUCCUGCUCUGGUUCACCAUCAUCGCCGUCAUCCUACUCAUAGCCUACGGAAUCUGCCGUUGUUACUGGGAGUUCACGCUUUUGAGAGAGACUCCCGAAGCAGACGUCAGCAUCACAGACAUCGGAGUCCAGACGAACCUACACGUCUACCUGCAGCUCAGCCAGACGUGGCUCAUCUUCUUGGUGUCUCUGGUUUUAACUGAAGCAUCCGUAGUUUUAAUGCUGGUCUUCCUGAGGAAGAGAGUGUGCAUCGCCAUCGCCCUGCUCAAAGAGGGCAGCAAGGCCAUCAGCUACAUCAUGUCUGCUUUAUUCUACCCAAUCGUCACCUUCGUGAUGCUGGCUGUGUGUAUCUCUUACUGGGCCGUUACAGCUGUUUUUCUGGCAUCGUCUGGUGAAGCUGUGUACAAAGUCAUGUCAGCGCAGCCCAACUGCAAGCACGCCAACCUCACCUGCAGUCCAGAAACGUUUAACAGGACCAACAUCACUAAGCAGUGUCCAGGAGCUCAGUGUCUCUUCGCGUUCUACGGCGGAGAGAGCGUGUAUCACCGCUACAUCUUCCUCCUGCAGCUGUGCAAUCUGCUCGUCUUCCUCUGGUUGGUUAAUUUCACCAUCGCGCUGGGGCAGUGUACACUCGCCGGAGCCUUCGCAUCCUACUACUGGGCCAAGAGGAAACCUGAUGAUAUCCCAUCAUGCCCUGUUUUCUCCUCCUUUUUCCGGGCUGUACGGUAUCACACCGGGUCUCUUGCUUUCGGCUCACUGAUCUUAGCUUUCGUCCAGUUCAUCCGAAUAGUACUUGAAUAUCUGGACCAUAAGCUUAAAGGAGCUCAUAACGCGUUUGCUCGCUUCCUGCUCUGCUGUUUAAAAUGCUGCUUUUGGUGCCUGGAGCGUUUUAUUCGCUUCAUGAACAGGAACGCAUACAUCAUGAUUGCUAUCUAUGGAAAGAGUUUCUGCACGUCAGCUCGGGAAGCCUUCUUUUUGUUAAUGAGGAACGUUGUGAGGGUAGCAGUGUUGGACAAGCUUACAGACUUCCUGCUCUUCUUAGGGAAAAUUCUCAUAACGGGGAGUGUUGGUGUUAUUGCCUUCUUUUUCUUCACACACAAGAUCCCCAUCAUUCAGGAAGAAGUUCUAGUUCUGAAUAAUUACUGGGUGCCUCUCCUGACAGUCGUGUUCGGGUCGUACCUGAUCGCACACGGCUUCUUCAGCGUCUAUGCAAUGUGUGUGGACACACUGUUCCUGUGUUUCUGUGAGGACCUGGAGAGGAACGACGGCACGCCGACGAAACCUUUCCUCAUGUCUCCCGGCUUGCGCAGAAUUCUGGGAAGCGUGGAUCAGAGCCCCGGGAAAUCACGAGCAGCACUGCAUCAGUGCGCCGUCAGAGAAUAGCUUUACUCCUCCUGCUAGCUAGCAUGCUUUAACUCUUUAACUCUCCUCCUGCGGCUGUGAGGACGCCGGCCGCUACGUCCUGUACUGUAACCCGUCUCCGAUGCACUAAGACUGUGACAAACACUGAGCAUUUACUUCCACUAGAGGAGACUGAAGGUGCUAUGCACUAACACACACACACACACACACACUCACACACACACACUCACACACACUCACACACACACAGGUUCUGUCCAACUUUCUAUCUGCCUUAUUCUCACACGUACAGCCGUUUACAGGAUUUUUUGCGACAUCCAGAUUGACCCGAGGUCUGAUCGCUUAUUCAGAGGUAGAACUGAUGUUUUUUUUGUGAUUGGAAUAAAAAAGGACAUUUUUACGUUUCGACUUUAUGAGUGAUAUGUUAACUUUCAACCUCAGCUCAGCCUCAACACCAGAUUUUUUUACAUCAGCCUAAUCAUAACACUCUCAUUUGUUCCCAUAUGGAAAAGCUUUUUUUAUAUAUAUAAAACAUAUAUUUUGACCUGUAUUUAAGAAUAUAUACUAUAUAUAAUGAGUAAAACAUUUGGUGAUGUGCAG